AGGAGGCGGAUAGAGUAAGGGGCAGGGCUGCUGCCGCCACCCCGACGAGGCGAGAUGGCGGCCGCCCAGGUGGUGGCGGACGCCGAGAUGGUCACGGAGAGCUCGGCGACCGGGGAGCCGGAGCGGUCCAGGCGGAAGACCGAGGCGGCGGCUGCGGAGCUUGAGGAAGUGGAAGACGACUCUUUUCCGGAGGACUACGGGAUGAUGCGCCUCGACUCGCCCACCUACGUCCUGUACAGGGACAGACCAGAAUGGGCUGAUAUAGAGCCGGUGCCUCAGAAUGAUGGGCCAAAUCCAGUGGUCCAGAUAAUUUAUAGCGAAAAAUUUAGAGAUGUUUAUGAUUAUUUCCGGGCUGUUCUGCAACGUGAUGAAAGAAGUGAACGGGCUUUUAAAUUAACCGGAGAUGCUAUUGAGCUAAAUGCAGCUAAUUAUACUGUGUGGCAUUUUCGGAGAGUUCUCUUAAGGUCUCUACAAAAGGAUUUAAGUGAGGAAAUGAACUAUAUUACUGCAAUAAUUGAGGAACAGCCCAAAAACUACCAAGUCUGGCACCACAGGCGAGUAUUGGUGGAGUGGCUGAAAGAUCCGUCUCAGGAGCUUGAUUUUAUUGCUGACAUUCUUAACCAGGAUGCAAAGAACUACCAUGCCUGGCAACAUCGACAAUGGGUCAUUCAGGAGUUCAAGCUUUGGGAUAAUGAACUGCAAUAUGUAGACCAGCUUCUCAAAGAAGAUGUGAGAAAUAACUCUGUCUGGAACCAAAGACACUUUGUAAUUUCUAACACUUCAGGCUACAAUGAUCCUGCUAUCCUGGAGAGAGAAGUCCAGUACACUCUAGAAAUGAUAAGAACAGCACCACAUAAUGAAAGUGCAUGGAACUAUUUAAAGGGGAUUUUGCAAGAUCGUGGCCUUUCCAGGUAUCCCAAUCUGUUAGAGCAAUUGUUAGAUUUACAGCCCAGUCACAGUUCUCCCUACCUGAUUGCCUUCCUUGUGGAUAUAUAUGAAGAUAUGCUGGAAAACCAAUGUGACAACAAGGAAGAUACACUUAAUAAAGCGUUAGAGUUAUGUGAAAUUCUAGCUAAAGAAAAAGACACUAUAAGAAAGGAAUAUUGGAGAUAUAUUGGAAGAUCCCUUCAAAACAAACACAGCACAGAAGGAAGUUUGCCAACAGAUAAGCAGCAAUAACAGCAUUCAGAAGACACUAAUGGAAUAGUUUUAUUUUUAAAAGAAACUUGGAACAAGGAAGUGUGACAUGGCUUAAAACCAGAGGGAUUAUUUCCUUCUACCUGUGUGGGUGUGUGACAACAAGUGCAUUGCACAGGUAUUGCUUCCUAACAAGCACUAAGCAUAAUAAGUACUCUUUGGGCACUUCUGCUAUUCAGACUAACUCUAGAAGUAUUAAUUUGGCUGUCUUUUUAAAGUAAAAUCCUUAAAAUAACAAACCCCAAAUGAAUUGUUGAAUAAUAAAUAAUUCCAUGUUUGUUUAUUUUUUAAAGGCCCUAAACAGUCUGUUCUUUUCACCUAUUUCUUACCAUUCAGCUCCUUCCUAAAUAGUAUAUAUGAGUUCAGAUUUGCAGCGGUAACAAUUGCAGAUAACUUGUAUGUUAUGGAGGUAACAUAGGCUAUAAACAAGGAAUACAAUUGCUGCAAUGCAUUAGAGCUAUUAUAGAAGCUGCACUGGUAAUAUCUUGCUAUCGCUUUAACUGACUAAAUGACAAAAUGAUUUUGUAAUAAAACUGUAGAUACACCUAAAACAGUA